GAACAGUAACAAUAAUGGUUUGGGUUCUCCUUACACUAUGCCUCCUAAGCCUAACUCUGGAACAACAGCUGUAGGCUCAGGAAGUCUGGCACCUACCUAUAAUCCAAAUGGGAACUCAGCAGCUUCUUCUGUAGAACAGGAGCUUCAAGAGAUUCUGGAUGAGCUUACAAAGAACCCUGACCCUUCUUUACCUGAGCUGGACAUUGAGAAGAUCUUAGGAAACAAGGUAGAUGAGCAAACAGGUAGUGCUGCAAGCUUUGCCCACCCAGAGGGGAGUAGAACUCCCAAACGUUCCCCACAAAGAGCUUCUCACCUGGAAGCCCACCUCACCCAAUCCCCUGGUUUUCCCCAGGCAGGCUCUCCCCAGAUGGGCCCUAGUCCAACUGGUGCUCCUUAUACCCUGCCCCAUCCAUCCAAGCCAGUCCCUUCCCCACUUUCAGCAUCACCCCUUUCUUCUUCUUCCUCCCAGGGCCAGAAUCAAGCUCGAUCACCAAUGCUUUCAGCUGCACUUUCCAAUCGGUCCACUUCCAGUUGGCGUGAAGUAUCACGUGCGCAGCAACUUCAGCAGUUGGCAUCAAACAGUAAGCACCACUCCACCAGCAGUGGAGGGCCACCACCAGCUCAGUCAGGUUUGCCGUCACUGGGCCAGCAGGGAUCCUCCUGGGCUGGUCCAUCUCCCCCUUAUCGGCCAGGGGACAAGCUUCCCAAUUCAUCCCCCCACCAGCAGCCCUUCAGCCCAGCCAGCAGCAUCCAGAGUCCUCAAAGCUCUCUCAUCUCCAGUAUAACUCCAGCCCCAUCUGCUGGACCUUCUCCUCCAUAUAGACCAGAAAAGCUUGCCAGUCCAGCUCUUGCUCAGCCACCUUUUAGCCCACAAAACCCACUUCUUCCUGGAAGUACUCCAUCUGGAGGCUCAAAUUCUGCUGUCCAGGGCUCUCAAGCAACGUAUCUGAGUGGCAUACCCCCAACAUCAGGUUCCACAAGACCAUCGCCUCCUUACAGAACAGAAAAACAACACCCUAGCUCAGCUGAAUAG